AUGACUUCGGAGGCGAAUAACAAUCCAGAACAGUCAACACCAAUCGGCAAUGCAAAUAUACAAGAUAAUGCAACAACUAACAAUGUUGAAGAGGUAGUUGACACAAAUGCUCAACAACAUCCUCAAAAUAAGAGAAAAAGAAGURUGGYGWGGGAUCAUUUUGUACAACUGACAGUGAAUGGACAAGUCAAGGCACAAUGUAACCAUUGUAGGGCUUUACUUGGAGGUAAAUCAAAAAAUGGCACUAAACAUCUACUCGAUCAUAUGAAAGUGUGCAAAGCUAAGAAUCAACCAGACAUUCGACAAAGACUCUUGGCAAGCAACUUGAAGUCCGAUUUAACGACAUACGUUUACAAUGAGAAAGAUGGACGAAAUGCUCUUGCUAAAAUGGUCAUUUUACACGAGUAUCCUCUUGCAAUUGUUGAUCAUAUCKGCUUUAAGACUUUUACAAGAACCAUUCAACCACUAUUCAAGUGUCCUUCUCGCAACACACUGAAGAACGAUAUCAUCAAGUUGUAUGAGCAACAGAAAGAUCAAGUUAUUAAAGAUUUGGAAAAUAAUGGAAGUAGAGUGGCUAUUACAACCGAUAUGUGGACUUCAAGUAAUCAAAAGAAUGGGUUUAUGGCCAUCACGGCUCAUUUCAUUGAUAAUGAGUGGAUUCUAAGAAGUAAAAUCUUAAGGUUUCUUUAUGUGCCUUGCCCACAUACAAGUGAAGUUCUUACAAAUGUGUUGAUGGAUGCGCUCAUGGAAUGGAAUGUGGAUACAAAAUUAUCAACGAUCACUCUUGAUAAUUGCACGACCAAUGAUUCAAUGAUUGGUAAGUUGAAAGAUAAAUUGCAAGUAAGUAAGUUGAUUCAUGAKGGAACUCAUAUUCACAUGCGUUGUUGUGCGCAUAUUUUAAAUCUUGUUGUGAAAAUUGGGUUGGAUGUAAUUAAGGUUGCAAUAGAAAAUGUACGUGAAAGCGUGUUCUUUUGGACUGCAACGCCUAAAAGAGUUGAGAAAUUUGAGGAAACAUGUAGGCAACUAAAAAUAACAUACUCUAAGAAAUUAGGUUUGGAUUAUCCAACUAGAUGGAAUUCUACUUUUUUGAUGCUUAAAACCGCGUUGAUGUACAAAGAUGUUUUUACACGGUUAAAACAAUGUGAGUCACUCUGCAAGACCUUGCCAAGUGCACUAGAGUGGGAAAAUGAUCAGGUAAUUUGUGGGAAGUUGGAGUUAUUUUAUAAAGUUACUUCAAUAUUUUCUKGAACAAGAUACCCCACAGCUAAUUUGUACUUUCCCAAAAUUUGUGAGAUGAGGUUAUCAUUGUCCAAGUGGCUUAUAUCUUCUAAGAAACUCACAAGUGAUAUGGCAUCUAAAAUGAUUGAUAAGUUUGAUGGUUAUUGGGGUGUAAUUCAUGAGUUAAUGGGUGUUGCUGCAGUCUUUGACCCAAGAAACAAGUUGGAAAUGGUUGAGUUUUAUUUUAAUCUUAUAUAUCCUAAUGAUAGUAAGAGUCGGAUUGAAAAGGUUGAAAGCCUUUGUAAAGACUUGGUAAGUGAAUACCAAGAAAAGACCUUACAAAGUGGAAAUGAGACAGGAGAUAAUAUGGGGUCAAGUUCUACAAAUUCAAUAAAUGGUGAUGAAGAUUUGUCUGCUUGGGAAAGACAUAUUUUAUCACAAAGUAGUACUACACAAUUUGUUGUGAAAACAGAAUUUGAUCGUUAUUUGGAUGAAGGAAUUGAACCCUAA